UUGGGUAUAAAUACACUUGGCCAGGGGUAAUGGAUCAUCAAACAGUUAUCAACCUUCCCAAGAAGCAAACCAAUCCAAUAUAAUCAUUAUGUUCAAAUACGCCGUUGUUGUCCUUGCCAUCGUUGCCUGUGCUGCUGCCAAACCAGGACUUCUGGGAGCUCCUCUAGCGUACACUGCUCCUCUGGCCUACUCCGCCCCUUUGGCUUACGCCGCUCCUGCCGCUGUGGUGGCUGCUCCUGCCCCAGUUGUGACUGCCACCAGCAGCCAGGUGAUCGCCAGGAACUACAAUGGAAUCGCAGCACCAGUGAUCGCCAAGUACGCUGCUGCCCCAAUUGCUACUCCUCUGGCAGCUCCACUGGCCUACUCCACCCCUUUGGCCUACAACGCCUUGCCAGCGGCUCCCGUUCUGGUCUAGGUAUCUCACAAUAAAAUCAAACCGAACUGAA